AUGGCAGGCGGACAACCAGGAGGCAACUCUCGCGGCCGUGGCGGCAAGUUCAGAAAGUUCACUCGUGGAGGUGGCAAGCACUUCUCCCGUGAUCUCAGACCCCUCGACGCCGAUGGCAACGAAAUCAACAUGUGGGCCGCCGGCUCCAAGAAGAAGGACGAGGAAAGCUCCGAAGAAGACUCUGAGGAGGACUCUGAGGAGGAGUCCGACUCUGACGAGGGCGGCGCCGCUCAGGCCGAGUUGUCUCGUGCCGACAGAAAGGCGGCCGCAAAGGCUCGCAAGGACGCCGCCAUAGCCAAGAAGAAGGCCCAGGCCGUCGAGGAGGAGAGCAGCGACGACGACAUGCCCGCCAACCCCAACCACUCCAAGGCCUCUCGCAACCAGACCAAGGCGCCUGCCCCCAGCGCCGACGUCGACGAGGCCGCCGAGGGCGUCAAGAAGCUGACUGUGGCCAACAACCGCAAGGAGCGCGAGAGCAUGGAGGCCGCGCAGGCCAAGGAGAGAUACCGCAAGCUGCAUGAGGCCGGCAAGACGGACGAGGCCAAGGCCGACUUGGCGCGGUUGAGACUCAUUCGUGAGCAGAGAGCGGCUGAUGCUGCCCGGAGAGAUGCCGAGAGAGAAGAGCGCGAGGCCCAAGAGGCUGCGAAGAAGAAGGAGAUUGAGGCAAAGGAGGCCAAGAAGCGUGAGGCCGCCCUCGGCCCUUCAGCAAAGAAGGGCAAGAAGUCUAGCAAAUAA